AUAUAACAAAUAAUUUGAGUCAUGGGAGAAACUGAAACGCUAAAUGUAGACAGUGUCAUCGCCCGCCUCUUGGAAGUUAGAGGGUGUAGGCCUGGUAAGAACGUACAGUUGACGGAAGGAGAAGUCAGAGGCUUGUGUCUGAAAUCUCGUGAAAUAUUUCUCAGUCAAUCUAUCUUAUUGGAGCUGGAAGCACCCUUGAAAAUUUGUGGUGAUAUACAUGGACAGUACACUGACCUUUUGAGACUGUUUGAAUACGGAGGUCUGCCCCCAGAGUCCAACUAUCUAUUUCUCGGUGAUUAUGUUGACAGAGGAAAGCAGUCCCUGGAAGCAAUAUGUCUCUUGUUAGCCUAUAAGAUCAAAUACCCAGAGAACUUCUUCCUGCUCCGAGGCAAUCACGAAUGCGCCAGUAUCAACAGAAUAUAUGGAUUCUACGACGAAUGUAAAAGGAGAUACAAUAUAAAGCUGUGGAAAACUUUCACUGACUGUUUCAACUGUCUUCCUAUAGCAGCCAUUAUAGAUGAGAAGAUAUUCUGCUGUCACGGUGGUUUGAGUCCUGACUUGCAGAGUAUGGAACAGAUAAGGAGGAUCAUGAGACCUACUGAUGUUCCUGAUACUGGUUUGCUGUGUGAUCUGUUGUGGAGUGAUCCUGAUAAGGAUGUACAGGGCUGGGGAGAGAAUGACCGAGGAGUUUCCUUCACUUUUGGAGCAGAUGUAGUUAGCAAGUUCCUUCACCGACACGACCUCGAUCUUAUCUGCAGAGCCCAUCAGGUAGUUGAGGACGGAUAUGAGUUCUUUGCAAAGAGGCAGCUCGUGACGCUGUUUAGCGCUCCUAACUACUGUGGAGAGUUUGACAAUGCUGGAGGAAUGAUGAGUGUGGACGAGACUCUCAUGUGCUCAUUCCAGAUCUUAAAACCUGCGGAUAAGAAAGCCAAGUAUCAGUACGGAGGUCUGAAUAGUGGACGUCCUGUGACCCCACCGCGAGCUGGCGCUAACAACAACAAACCUGGCAAGAAAGCCAAAUAAUAACUUUCCACUUGCAACACUUCAUCAUCGUGUUGCUAUGGUGACAACAUUACGUUGUCAUGAUAAUCGACUCUGUAAGAUAAUGAUUAUUGACGUGACUGUGAAAUGUCACGUGCUAUUAAAUGUCACGUGCUACUAUAAAUGUCACGUGUGAUACGAAUGUAUUCUUGUUUAUUUCUAACAAUGCGCUCGAUUUACCAACUAUAUGACCUGAUUCUCAACUAGCAAUUACUGUGUUAAAAUGGGUAACAUUUUAAGAUGUGUCUGAGGUUUUUUAUUACUACCUCUUAGUUGUAAUGAUACAAGUUUGCCUUUGAAAACAAUGAGAUUACAAAGUAAAAGGAGCGCGGGUAUUUGAGAUUUUGAAAUUUUAGUGUGCAAAUAGAGAUUUGCGGUUUUGAUGAGCAUGGAGAUGAAUGUUGAGAUGUUUAAUUUUACUAGUAGUUACUACUACUAGGCAGUUUAAUUUUAAAUCCUUACUCUCUCGUUCCCGCAUGACACCACUCCCCAAGAAGGGUGUUAUAUUGAUAUUGUACAAAUUCAAUAAGCUACUUCUUCAUGUAAUGGAA